AUGUGUUUCGCGUUGCCCUUCGCACUGCCGGCGAGAAUUGAGGACCUUGCAGCAAGGGUCCGAGCGGAAGCCUUUCAGCAAUACCCUGGCCUACAUUUUGCGACACCUGUUGCACAGCAGCGCCACAACGGCUAUGCUGAUUUUGUCCUGCACUCGGCUGAGGAUGAUAGAAGGCAUCAAGUUGCCGUCAUCGUUGAUCUCUCGCGAGUCGGGGGACAUUAUCAUGCCUCCACCCAGCCCGCGGCACUCGAUGUUGAUGCAUUUCUAGACCAGGUUUUACCACACACAUGGGCAGACGACUGUGAGCUGCGCCUCUGGAUUUCAGGAGCAGAACAGGGUCCAGCAGCCGGGGGCAAGAAGGUACAGAUAACUCAUGGUGACGUGCUAACUGUGCUGAGGGAAGGAGUCAGUCCAGCCAAAACUUUCUGCUUACACAAGCUCGUCGAAGGGACUGAGCCCGUGGGUGCGAUCCACCAUAUGCCAUCGUAUACAUGCAAAUACCCGGGGAUUGCUGUUUUGUGGCACUCGAAGUUGUUUGUCCUUCACAAGCACUAUUUCCCAGGCCAGGACCUUGUCUCAGCGCUCGGAACUGCGAUCCGGCGCCCGGUGCAAAGCUUUGGAAUUUCGCAAACCGAUGCAGUAGCUCGCCUAGAAAUCGCUGGCGACCACUGCUCACAGGUGAUAUACGUUGCUGACAGCACUGCGAAUACUGAUCACGGUCAAGAUCCAGCUUUGCCCGCCCUGGGCACAAUCGCACCACUGAUCUCCCUACUGUGCGAUGCCAGACAAAUUGGCCAAGGCAUGCGUGUUCUUGAGAUUGCAGAUCAAGCAAGCUCUCAUGAAAUCCUUGAGUCUCUCGGGGUUCAAGGGGAUUUGAAGGAUUUUGUUGUCGCUCCAGCAGUCCAAGACAACAGCCACGAAGUCGAGCAAGGCCUACAGACAGUCAUCAUUUGGGAGCGACCAACCGCAGCGGCCGGAUCAGCGCAACUCCGAGCCAUUUCAGGUCCUAACCUCCUUCAGCGACUGUACCAAGGAGAUGCGGGACCGGUCCCGGGUUUGAUCCACCAGCCUGCCGAGGACCCUGUAGGCCCUAAUGGUGACAAUGACCAGGACUUGUGGGUAGCUGAUGUAGAUGCCGAGUCAGACGAGGAAUCCCUCGAGAACGAACUCUUUCCGGUCAAUUUUCUCGUUGUUCGGCUUGACUGUGCCCCAAUUGAGGUCAACACGGCAUUACGAAUGCCGGCCACCGUUGCAGAUGCCAUGGAUGCUGUUGCUCUCAGCAUCGACCAUGAGGUCUACCUGCAUUAUCCACACUUUGUAGCGGCCAAGCCGCAGCCCCAAAGUGAAUGGGGCACUGCACUUGCGCUCCCACAUUGGGCGCACCGCGAGCCGAUCGUUAUUUUUGACUUGCGACAGAUAGACGGGAGGAUAUUCGCAGCGUCCCUUCCUGAACAUGCCAACGCGGAAACUAUCUGCGCCGCUGCCAGUACUCCUUUUGUUGAUACUGUCGCUGUCUACCCCUACGGGGUCACCGAGCCGCUCGCUGCUGAUGAGACCAUUGAGCCGAGGACAGGAGGAAGCAUUCUUCUCCUCCCUAGAGACCGUCGACCCCCGGAUCCGCAUUUUCUUGUUGCGAUGCUUGUCUCCAGACGCGGAUGGAACGCGGACACACCGCUUCCCCGCGGACCAGGAUGGCAACUUCUCAUUGUGGAGAACCGUGUCUGCUCUCACACAGAGCUUGUUGAACACUUCGCCACAUUCAUGCCAGAGGGUUACCAGCCACAGAUCGACGGUGCCCCGGUUGAUGGAGAUCGUGUUGAACUGCAGCCAGGGACAGUGUUGACUGUCCAAUACGUCCCACUCACUUCUGCUUCAGAGAAUGAAAACGACUCCAGUUCUCAAUCCUCUGAAGCCGAUGAACCAGCAGCUGAGACCAAUGCAGGGGAGACGGACCAAAAUGCCACCCGGCCGAACACCAAUUGCGGCCGCAGCCGCAGCCGAUCGCCGCGACGCGAAGGAACUGAUCCGCGGAGUCGUCAAAUUAAAGGCCUGCGACAAGUCCUGCGUCGUGCUGCAAGCCAACUCUUGCUUGCCAAGCAAUUGAGGAAAGAACCACCAGAUAGCCUGGGUCGUGAUGACAGUUGUAUCGUUGGUCAAUGCCUCACCGUCGCAAGCAUAGAUCUUCAUGGUUUCAGCAUUCUGGAUCGUUGCCAAGCUCACAGAGAUGGCGUCGGUGCCCCGCCGCCCAACUUUCAGGUUGAUAGGCCAGAUCAGUUCGCCGACAUUUUAGAAGCGACCGAGCCAUUUGACGCAUGCUUCGUUGUCUUCCGUCCGGACUACAGCCCAGAGAUUGUAGAGGUGCGGCUUGGGGCUCCGUCCCCCUUGAUGAAUGCACUUGCUGCUGUCUCCGAAGCCCGCACAGGAUUCGUUCUCGCACAGCCGGAUUGGGAGUUUUUAGGGGUACAUGUCCUCUUCGAUUGUAGUGACUUUGAUGGGAUCCAGGAAGGAGACUGCAUAUCCAUCAUGCGAGCUGAGCAUGGAGUCAUGAUUCUUGCCAGUCUCGCUGAUAUGCUCCUCUCUGCACAAGGCUGGAUGCAGACGUUCGACAUCCCAGGGGACAGCAGCCGGGGUCUCUGGGUUAUGACUGACACCGAACCAUUUCACUAUGCGAUCCAACCUGAUCGAGCGCAGCAUGUGCGCCAAGACAUUGCCGAUCACAUAGCGUGCCCGGUUGCCAAUUUGCGCCUUUGCCCGACCACCGCGCGAACCAGACGGCACCUGCAUCCCAUCUGCAUACUUGAUCUCCGCCCCCUACUGCUUGGCCUCACGUGGCAAUUCACAGCCGACGGCUACCUUGAUCAGGAGGCUCUCAUGCGAAGGCUUGCAAUGCACCGGCCACUUGGUUUCGAAUUAGUGCUGGAAAGUGGCGGAAGGGUAAUCGACCCAGAAGUGAUCAACUGGGCUGUCCAUGACGGCGAGUUGCUUACAGUCAGGGCCAGGCCGGAACAGCACUGGCUUCACAAUGAUUCCGAGGACAGGGAAGGUCCGCAGUCUCCCGACGACCACCUCCCGCCAGAAGACAGCGACUCUGAGCGCCAGGAUAUAGGUAACCGGAAUGCUGAUACCUCAAAUACCGGCACGGAUGCUCAGGGUUCUACAGAAAGGGGUGGUUAUCAGGGAGAUAUGUCGAUAAACCCGGUCAGUUAUCGCAAGCGUGCGGGUAUGUCCCGUGUGAAGCAUUGCGGCAAUGGGCCUUUUGGGGCAUUUCUGUCACGCGCCCUCGGUGCCCUUGCUGGUGCUGCUCUAGUGCAUACCAACAGAGCCAUGCAACUUCGAACGCCGCCGUUUUCCCCUACAGAUACCGCAAUGCCGCCAGCAAGCAACGACUUUGCAGCUCAGUGCCGAGCACAAGGCAGCAUAUCUACGUGCCUCCGCCACGUGGGAUCUGUCGUUAGUGAAGGACUCUCUACCAGACCGAGGGCACUGCCAACCCCUUGCAGAAACGACACUAAUUCCUACACCGAGCGCCAGGCAGCUCCCUACUGCCAUGGUCCGAAAAACUGGACCAGUGUUCCUGUUGAAGACGAAACCUUCCUUGAUGAGGUCGGAGUGACGCUUCUUCAGGCUGCCACGCGGGAAGCACAGCACCGGGCGCUAUGGGAGACGCAUACUCUGCUAGAGACGCUGAUAGACCACUUUGCAUCAUCAUCCGAUCUUGCCAAUAAAAGUGGAUCUCCCGCCGCCGGUCCAGCUCAGACCUCUGACGAACUUGCUGAUAGAGAUGCGGGGUAUGAGGAGAUGCCGCAAUGUGUCUCCAUAGCCAAAGCUCUCGGCCCCGCAAUAUAUGACCUCACUGACCACACUGUGCGUUUGCCACAUGACCAGUCACUUGUUGAGGUUUUGCGACUGCCCUGGCCUGUUGACUGGUUUUUGCCGACUUACGAGCACUUGCCCAUGCCGCAGGAGACUCGUGCCCACCUUGACUCCGGUUGCAGUUGGAGCACUUUCUUGCAGGAUUUAAAGGGCGCAGAAAAGCCAAGCCUCGCCAUCUACACUGAUGGGUCGUGGACAGAAAACAGGCAUGCCGGAGGCUAUGCUACUGCCUUUGUGCUGAACAAUGCGAACCAGCACUGCCUCAUUGGGGCACUCAGUGGCAAGACCCAUGGCUCUGCCGACAAUCCAUGGCCAACUGAACAGGCCGCGCCUGCUCUUCGUAAUGAGGAAAUAGCGAUUGUAGCAGCGAUUUUAUGGCUCCUCCAAAGCCCUAUUGCAAAUUGGUUUCAGGAUGUGACAAUUUGUUUCGACUGCCUAAGUGCUGGCAAUGCAGCCAACGGGGAAUGGACGCCUGCAACGGAAUUUGGCACCAAGCUUCGUGACCUCCAACGUUGGGCUGAUAACAUCUUCCCUGCACCGAUCCUUUAUCACCAUGUCAAAGCCCACAACGGCCACCCAUUGAACGAGCUUGUUGGCUAUCUAGCCAAGGUCGGUGCAGCCGAUGAUUCUCGUACAGGUCAGCCUCCGCGUGCUGUUGUUGAAGCCUUUGUCCAGCUUGACCUGUCAUGGCUCUCAGCUGCUGGCGCCGCCACAGCUUCCCAGGCUUUGCCCGUUGUAAAUGGUCAGUUCCUGCAAUGGACGCAAGCGCAGUCCUUCAGCCCCUGUAAGCUUGCGCCGUCGGACAUCAUUCCCAUGACCGAGGUUUCGAUAGGGGCUAGUGGGUACAAUUUGGCCUCUCUUGAAGUCAAGUUUGCGACAAUAAACAUUCAAGGACUUCAAGACAAAACAACGUAUCUUGAAGAACAGUUCGAUUUCUGUAAUCUGAACAUUGUUUGCAUCCAGGAGGCAAAAACUCCACCUGGAGUGUGCUGCUCGAAGCGCUUCUUGCGGCUUUCGACCCCCUCAGCCAGGCACUUUGGCACCUCCGUCUGGAUCAACCGACGCCUCGGUAUCGCCACAAGCGGAGGACAGCCCAUCCGUGUAACGGAAACCUUCAUUGCCCAGCUUGCCCAAGCACUACGCCAGCACAAGCGUGCAGCCCUUGUGAUCGGGGGUUGCGACCUAAAUGGCCGGCCGCCGCCGCACAUCAUAGGAGUGACGGGCGAUCUGGAGUGCGGUGACCCGGACGAGUCGGGCCGUGAGGCUGCAGAGCCUUUCCAAAAGUUGCAGUUGUGGAUGCCAACCACCUUUGGCAAUCUGCAUGUCGGUACCUCGUAUACAUACCGACACCCCGCCGGAACACAACACCGGAUAGAUUUUCCUGUAGUCGGGGGCAGGCUGAUUGUAGAGGAAAUCCGCACCGAGGUAUCCCACGAUGUCGACCUUGGCAACGCCCGAGAUGACCACUUUCUUGUCACCUGCCAGCUACGUGGAGCCCUUGGGCAGACUGGAGCUGUGCAGAGACUGUGGCGGCCAAGAUACGAUGUUGAUGCCAUGAUGACACCGGAGGGCCACGCACUGAUUGCGGCGGAAAUGAAGCAUUUCGUGUCACCGCAAUGGACCGUCCAUCCCGAUGAACACUGCCGACAGAUUACCCAAAAGCUCCAACAGAUAAUGAAGGAUCACUUCCAAAAGCCUGCCAAUGCACCGCGUGCCUCCUUCAUACCUGGUGAGAUUUGGGAGCAACGUGAGGCCAAGCUCGGGUUUAAGAAUAGAACCCGGCAUCGUGCAAGCCUGUGGCAGGACCUGCUUGUCCGGGCCUUUAAGCAAUGGCAGACAUGCAACGACUACUCUGUGACGUUGCUUGUUGCUAAAGAGGGCAUCCUUUACCAAGUAGCAGCUGCGGCCGUCCGGUUUGCGACCUGGAGGAUAAGAAAGGGGAUCCGCCAGGCUAAAGCCACUUGCCUGAAGACACUUGUCCUAAGAAACGGCGCACGAUCGGCUGAUAUCCUUAGCGCUGCCAAGAAAGCGGGCAUAGGAGGGGCCAAGGUCAAAAAGCCAUUUCGACCUAUGCCGCAUCUGCUCAAGGCCGAUGGGACAUCUGCGGCUAAUCGCCAAGACAGAGACGAAGUAAGGCUCGAUCAUUUUGGCCAGCAGGAGUGUGGCCAUACUGUCGCAGUCGACAAGUUUCUGCUGCAGCCACCACAGCCCCUGCUCCUUGAUGCUGAACUCGACUGGCGAAGCGAGCAUGUCCCUAGCGCCGGUGCCCUUGAGGCCAUCCUCCGGAGCAUGCCUCGACACAAGGCAGCGGGCUUGGACUCAGUACCAGGCGAGCUGCUACGAGCGGCCCCCGGCCCCAUGUCGCAAGCGCUGCACCCGCUGAUGGUGAAAUCCAUGCUCUGCCUGCGCCAGCCUCUGCAAUGGAGAGGAGGCAUUUUGUUUGAGGCGUGGAAGCAUCACGGCAGCCAACGCGACGCCUCAUCGUAUCGCUCGCUGUAUGUUGCUUCGGUUGUUGGUAAGGCGUACCACAAACUGCAGCGACGCAUGGUGCAGAGCGAGGUGCAGCAGUCGCUGCACGCGUUCCACCUCGGUGCCAAGAAGAACACGCCGGUUGUCAUGCCAGCACUUUACGUUCUUGCGAGCCAGCGUGCGGGCGAGGCACAGCAAAUGUCCACUGCUGUGUUAUUUCUUGACACACAUGCGGCAUAUUACCGCCUGGUCCGGGACCUUGCACUGGGCAGCAUAUAUGACGAUGUGACUGUCAUCCGGCUUUUCCGCCAUUUUGGGCUUGACGAGGAAGAGCUGCAGGAACUGAUGGAAGUCGUACGCAGUGGAGGUACAUUUGCGGAUAACGCCAUCCCUGCCACAAUCCGGCACGCCGCUAAAGACACGCACCACCACACAUGGUUUGUUACGCCGCACACCAGCGGCACCCUCCUCUGUAAGACAGAGGCAGGGAGCCGACCAGGGGAGUCGUGGGCCGACACCGUCUACAGCUUUAUAUAUUCACGAAUCCUAUCACGGAUCGCUGAAUAUGCACAUGGGGAAUGCCUCCUCCCUGACUUCAGCCAUGACGCCGCGUCGGGCAUCUUCGCCCCGAAGGGUGGCGGCGAAGGCAUUGGAUGCCAGGACGCCACUUGGGCCGACGACAGUGCGUGGCCGCUGAUUGCCCAUUCCCCAGCAGCGUUACUUGCGAAGGCCGGACGCUUAGCGUCCAUUGUGUUAAGCCAAUGCCGCGGCCACGGCAUGCAGCCCAAUCUUGGCCGCAACAAGACGGCGCUCAUGUUCCAACUCAGAGGCAAAGGGGCGGUGAGGGCCCAACGCGAGUGCUUUAGCAGCGGCAAAGCCUCUCUGCGCCUCGCAGACCUUGACGUUGACCUGCCCGUCACCAAUCAGUAUAAACACCUUGGAGGACUGAUUGACAGUAGGCUGUCCCUUGCCGGGGAAGCGAGAAGACGCCUUGCUGUUGCGAGCCAAGCCUUCGACCAGGGCAAGGCCCUGCUGUUCUUGAACGACAGCAUACCGCUGGAGACACGUGCGUCUCUGCUACAAGUUGCGGUGACAUCCACCUACCACAAUCUGCCGAUCUGGAUUCCUGAAGGCCGUAGCUGGGAGAUGCUACAAAGCGGAUAUACGCGUCUUGUUCGCAAACUCCUCAGCAAACGACUGCCAGGCGAGCAUCUAUUCCGCAUGCCUGCUGCCCUCGCACAUGUGAUCACAGGAUGUUUUCCCCUUGAUUUCCUUGCGAGGAAAGCACGUCUGAGCCUGCUGUGCUCCAUGUGCAAGGCGGGGCCGGCCGCUCUGUGGGCUGCCCUCCAAGAGGAACAAUCGUGGUUCGCAACUGUACGCAGUGACUUAGAGUGGCUUUGCGACAAGGUCAGACACAACUGGCCGCUACGUUGUGAGGCGGCUUGGCCAGAGUGGAGCAAUCUGCUCCGGACCCGUCCGGACUGGUUUAAAGCACAAGUCAAAGCCGGCCUCCAACGCGAAUUUGUAUGUUUUGAGAGAACCCAGGCAGUCUACGCCGCUCUAUGGGCUCUUCACAAGCGCGCCCAGCCUGCGGUCUCCGAUGCUGCCCCUGUAGUCGAGGCCCAAUGGUUUUGCCCACCCUGUGCCAAAUGCCUCAAGACAAAGGCUGCGCUUGCAGCGCAUUUUUUUAAGACCCACGGCCGUCGAGCACGCUACCGAGCAGUUGUCCAGGGCACUCUGUGCCGCGCGUGUGGGCGCCAAUACUGGAGUUCCAACCGGUUGGCGCGGCACCUCCGAGACUCUCCUAGCUGCGUUGCUGCCCUCCGUGCAAACCGCCUCUUCUCUGAUACCGUUGUCCCCGGUUUCGGCAGUGCAGCAUGGCGGCGAAAUGAUAUUGAACAUUUCAAUCCGACAGGCCCCCAACAGCAGACUGCAGCCAUGCCCAAGCAGUCCAGCGAGGACUGGGAUGGCGCACAGCGUCAAGCUCAUGCUGAGCUCUCCGAUGCCUUGCUGUCAGAGGCCCUACCAGCAAGCCCCUGUGAAAUUGCGCGCAUCAUCCGAGCUACACUUGCAAAGUUCCCCCUCUUUGAGGAUGAAGCCAAGGAUCUAGCCGAGUUUGUCCUCUGUGAAACCAGGGAAGUUCGUGAUGUUCUUCUAGCCGAAUCAUGGAGUGACGAAGUAGCUAGUGCAGUAGAUGAUGCCAUGCAGCAGGUGCUUCUGAAUGUCUGGGAAUCGCCCGAGGAUGUAUCUGUUCCAGAACGUCCACUGCCCAAAUAUCGCGACCUUGAGUUUGAUGUUCAGGGAGUGUCUUGGGACAGUAUAUGGGCUAAGUGCUCUCCUGUGCACGGGACCCCAUCUGGAGGCCAGUACGUGCUCCCUUCCGACUGGGAAGCUGAAUUGUUGGAGGGAGUCAGGCGAGCCGUGCAACAAAACCUGUGGAGCAUUGUGCCGAAGCCGUUACAGCUGGCAUGGACAGACAUCCUCAAAGGAUACCGUCCUCACCUAGCUGCUGAUGCGAGCUUUUGGCGAUUAACCCUCGCCAAGCCUUUUUGGCCUUUGGCGCCCGAACUUGCAACCUAA